UCUGCUGCCUCCGCCAGCGGUUCUGUCGCGUAGUUACGCUGCAUCUUAACGUGGUGAACCGCGGCCGUUAUUUAGUAAUGAAAGACGAUUCAUAAAUAACUGGUAGCAGCUCUGUCGAUGCUAACGUUACCCUCCGUAAGUGACCACUUGUGCCGGCGAUAUAUCUAAAUGCGAGUGGCUUUUGUUUGAGUAAAACCAUGUGGAGCUCCAGUCACCGUGUCCUUCAACAUCUUAUAACGCAAUGCCCCGGCAGGUGUUUCUCCCAGACUGCAUGCAAGAAUACAGUCGUGGUGAAGCGCUGGUGGCAAGUACCAUUGUCUAAAGAAGGUAGUCCUCCCAGGUUGUAUGCUCGAAGACAUCGGAUCUAUCAACUAGUUGAAGACAAAAAACAAACGCCAGAGAAGACGAUGGAACUUAUUCUAACACAGACUGUUGAAAAGUAUGGUGGGCGAGGAGACACUGUGAUUGUGAGAAAAUCUUUCGGUCGAAAUAAACUGUUGCCCCAGGGCCUAGCAGUGUAUCCAUCACCAGAGAACAAACAGAUAUUUGCUGAGGAAUUAAGGCUUCUGCGAGAAGGGAAGCCGGAAGACAGAACCCAGACACAUACUGGGCAACAAACAGUGGAGUACCUUAAAUGUUCACACUUGAAGAUUACCACUAUACCCUCUGUGGAAUACGAGCUCACCAAAGAGAUCAUUUGCAGGCAGUUUCUCAUUAAGUUGGGAGUGGUUGUGCCACUUCAUGCGCUGAGACUUCCAGAUGAACCGAUCAACAAAAUUGGAGAUUACUGGUGUGAGGUUACGGUUAACGGGAUAGAUACUGUGCGUGUCCCCGUGUCUUACAUGCCAUUUGAGGACCCCUCCGUGAGGUACCAGAAGAUACUGAAAAAACAAAGGCAGGAGCAGGCAGCUGCCACGCUGACCACAGAGCUAGCCAGUUCAGAAGCAGCCGGUCUUGAAAUGGGUGACCAGACCCUCCAGGGUGUGGAAGAAGCUGCCACUUCCUUAACAACCCCACCUGGGGACGCCACAACCCCUCCAGAAAUAGCUGCUGCACCAGGGAACUCUUCUGCUCCAUCUUCCUCAGAGGUGAUGGCAGAUGGAGUGGCUACUCAGGAAACGGCUUCAGUCACUCCAGUGACGGCCGAGGACAAAGUCGUCCCGUCAACCGAAAACCCGAAAAAUAAUUAAGGGACAUUGUGAAUAAAUCUUAGUUCUAACUGAUGUUCCCAGAGCCUAAUAAUACAUUGGUAACUGCUUAACUAUAUGAUUAAACAUACCCAGG